CGUGGUUGUCAUUCCAACCGGUGCAAGAAAUGUCGUGAAAGGCAGCCGCUACUCUCUCCUCCACCUCCUGCUGCAGAACCAACCACAAACCAAGUCACCAUUGCCAAGAGAGCUGUCCUUCCCUAUAUGACUACCGCUCUGGCCUUUCUUCCCACUCACCUCCAACUUACCUCACUUCACAACUGUCCCCCAGCAGCAACUGCCUCUCAAUGCUGUCCAUGCCUCACGCCGUGGGCCGAACGCCCUUCGACACUCUCUCCCAUCGCUCAAAGCAAGACCAGAUCCUUCUACCGCUACCGAAGUCCUCAUCCAUACCUCCAUUCAGCCAAUCCACUGCAUACUCAAGACCACCCUUGACAACUGCUCCACCGACACCUCCUACAGACAUGAACUUCCACAAUACCAGCUUGCUACCUUCAUAUGCUCCUCCAAACGCCCACACACAUUCUGAUGCAAAUUGGGGAAAUGGAAGAGGCAUGGAGGAGGUCAUCAGUCAAGCAGGAAUGGGUCCAGGGACUUGCAGCUUCCGACCCGUACAAGAAGUGUCGAACUCCAGUAGUUCACAGUAUGUUGCGUCGGGGAAGAACCAUUCACGGAAAAGCUCGAACAAUGAAAUUGCGCCCUCAUUGCAAAUUCCAGAUACCAUCAAGACUCCACAGUCAGGAAUGCCACAGCUUGCUGCAGAAAUUACCUGCCUGUUCUGGUUCGAAAGCUCUGCGACCCUACAGGAAGUCCUGCAUCCAACUUCACCCCGAAAAAGACCUAUACCAUUGUGCCCGGAGGCGAUGCCAAGCACUGGCUUUAGGAAAUGGGUAGCUACAAUUCUAUCGACCACUCAAGUGACGCCAAACGUUAUUCUCUUGGCGUUGAUGUUUGUGUAUCGCCUAAAGAAGUCGAAUCCCACAGUGAAGGGAAAGCUUGGCAGCGAAUAUCGUCUUUUGACAGUAGCGCUGAUGUUGGGCAAUAAGUUUCUGGAUGAUAACACAUACACCAACAAGACCUGGGCUGAAGUUUCUGGCAUCUCCGUCACUGAAGUCCAUGUCAUGGAGGUGGAAUUCCUUAGCAAUAUGCGUUACAGUCUUUUCACCUCCGAAAAGCAGUGGAAUGAAUGGCACGUGACAUUGGGCAAGUUUGGCACCUUCUUCGACAGGGCGUCGAGAGUAAACAUGGAGCUCGCACAACGUCUAAGCGGGCCAUCGACUCCGACCUUGCUUGUUCCUCCAACGCUCCCAACUCCCCCUACGUCUUCAUGUCGUACAUCGCCACCAUUUGGACACAGCCAAUCCCCGAAUCACAAACUUCGUAACAAUACUCCCUUGUUAUACCCACAAACAAGCUCGACCGCUAUCUCGCCCAUCGGCCCGCUACCAGAGCAAGAUUUCAGGCCUAACGGCCGCAAACGUAGUUACGACGAUGCUUCUCAAGCUCCCCCUCCGAAACGGCUGCAACACCAAUAUCACCCCACGAACAUCAUUACCAACCCAGGAAGCACCGCGCAGAUGAUGCCGACUGUCGCUGCUCCAACUUUGCCACGUCUUCCUAACCUCUCGAUACCACUCGGUCAAUCUUUACAGUCAUUAUCGGUACCACAACUCCCACCGCCAGGCAAUCGAGCAAUGUCACUUGUCUACCCUCCCCCGAAUCAUUGGUCUCAGCCUCAAAUGACACCAAUGCCCACCACUACUACCAGCGGUCCUGUAGUCUCACAGGUUCCCUCUUCAAGUAUGAGUGUGCACGAGCAAUCACGCCAGCUCAGUCCCUUUCCAGGAUCUGCUAAUGGCUCACCAAACUCGGUGCAUUUCCCAGCAAGCCGUCUCUCUCCAUCGUACUACUUGCAGCAGCGGCAAUCACCGUACCGACCUGUUCGACAUGUCCACACCCUUUUGCAUCCUCCACCGUCCGCAUCAAUGCACAAUCCAAACAGGAGCAUGUCAAACGAUCAGAUGCACUAUCAGCCUCUCGGCCGUCCGUUGACGGAACGUAGAGCUGGUACCCUCCCAUAUAUGCAUCAUGAGGCUUGGCCGGUCACUAACCAAUUCAACCAGUUUCCAGUACUUCCGCAGCCGGACUUUUCGCGGGUUUGAAUUUGAAUCACUGUCCGAUUGCAACGAUUCCCUUGCAGCUAUCCGCGGAGUCCGGGCGCAGUAGCGUCUUUCACUGGAUGGAUUUAUCCGACACAGCGGACUAGCAUUUUCUUUUAUGGAGUUUCGAAAAAUUGCCAUGCAUUCAUAGGAGUUCUGGAGGAUAUCGGCUG